UCCUGAUGAACCAUCUCAGAUAUCAUUCAUAAAGUUGCAGUUGCCAAUGGAAACUAGAAGGUUGAAGCAAACUGCAUAUUCAUUUAUGAUAUUGAUGCUUAGCUUUCAAACCCGUGUAACAGCACAAGAUAUUGUAUCUCACAAGGAAAUGCAGGUGGGAGUUAUUCUUGACAUGGGUUCAGGGGUAGGCAAGGUAAUUUAUCGCAGCAUUACCAUGGCUAUAUCUGACUUUUACAAAGCAAAUCCUCAUUACAUAACACGAAUUGUUUUCAACACGACGGACACCAAAGGAGAACCACUAAUUGCAUUAUACGCGGCUCUAGAACUUUUGGAGAACACCAAAGUGCAAGCAAUAAUAGGUCCAGACCCAACAGUUGAAGCAAGAUUCUUGGAGGGUUUAGAAGAAAAAGCUAGUGUACCAAUUCUUUCAUUUUCACCAAGCCUGUUUUCCAAUCAAAAUCCCUAUCUUGUUCAAAUUGCACAAGAUGAAACCAUUCAAUUUAAAGCCAUUGCUGCAAUGAUCCAAUCGUUUGAAUUGAAGAACGUGGUACUUAUAUGUGAAGACACUGCAGAUGGGAGGGAUAUGGCUAAUUAUAUUAUUAUUGCAUUUCAUGAUAAAAAUAUACAUGUUACAUAUACUAGCCAAAUUUCAACUGCUGCCAGCGAUGAACAAAUCCGUGAAGAAUUCUAUAAGUUUCAACAUAUGCAAACCACUACGUUUGUAAUGCAUGCUCGGCCUUCUCUUGCAUCGGAUAUCUUUUCAAUGGCAAAAGAGGUAGGCAUGAUGGGUGAAGGAUACGUGUGGAUUGUAACAAGUAAAACUACGAAUUUCUUGAAUUUCAUGAAUGAUGAUGCCUUGGAAUCAAUGCAAGGGGUUGUCGGAUUCAAAUCAUAUUUUCCAAAAUCAAGAAAGCUUCAUAAAUUUGUUUCGAAAUGGCAAAAGGAAUAUUAUGGUUCGAACCCUUUUAAGGAGUUUCAGGUGGUAGGUUUUAAUGGUAUCUUGGCAUAUGAUGCAGUUUAUGCAUUAGCAAUGGCUGUUGAGAAGGUGCACACUAAAGUUACUGGUGCAUCACUUCUAAAUCAAAUGUUGGGAAUCAAGUUUCAAGGUUUAGGUGGUGAGUUCAAGCUUAUGAAUGGGAGAACUGUUUCAAAUCCCAUAGAAGUCAUAAACGUGAUCGGUAAGGGUGAUAGGAGGGUCGGGUUUUGGAUGGUUAGUGGCGAGUUUGUUAAAGAAAUAGGAAAAACAAAUUCAUCUUCUAAUAGUGGUCUGGAACAUAUCAUCUUUCCAGGAGGAACUACAAGUAUUUUAAAGCAUAGGAGGCUACUAAUGAAGGGCAAGAAGCUAAGAAUUAUUGUUCCUGGUUUUGGUGUAUUCCCAAAUUUAAUAAAAAUGGCGGUUGAUCACAGAACAAAUCAACCGAUGCUAAGCGGGUUUUGCGGGGAUGUUUUCAAUACUGCACUUAAUGCCUUGAACUAUGGACUAGACCUUGAAUUUACUACGUACCCUUACGUAGAAGGAAGGGCUUACAGUGAUCUAAUUGACAAAAUCUACUUAAAGGAAUUUGAUGCUGCUAUUGGGGAUAUAACGAUCUCAUCAAACAGAAGUCGCUACGUUGACUUCACAAUUCCAUUCAGUGAUACGGGAGUUGGCACCAUAACACGAAAUGCAAAGAGAAGCAUAUGGAUCUUCUUAGAUCCUCUUAGUUCCAAUCUUUGGCUGACAAGUGGUGGUUUCUUUCUCAUUUUGGGGUUUGUCAUUUGGUUUAUUGAACAUCGUAUAAAUGAAGAGUUUCAAGGUUCAACAAUACAACAAACUGGAACAGCCCUCUGGUUUGCCUUUUCAACUCUUGUCUUUGCUCACCGAGAGAAGCUGAAAAGUAAUUUAUCAAGGUUCGUGGUGAUGGUUUGGGUUUUCGUAGUGCUUGUUCUAACGUCAAGUUACACAGCAACGUUAAGUUCACUUUUAACCGUACAAGAGAUUGCAUCAAAUGGGGGGAGGGUCCAACUCCCAAGUGUCUCAUAUGAACUUUUAAAUAGAUCCGCAAAGCUGAAAUCACCAGCGGAUUAUGCUAGAGUGUUAAGAAGUGGAAGUGUAGGUGCCGUCAUUGAUGAAAUCCUCUAUGUUAAAACAUUCAUUUCACUGUAUCCGGCUGCCGAGUUCUCCUUGGUAGCAACAUCAAAAUCAACAAUCACUAAUGGUUUCGCCUUUGUGUUCCAAAAAGAUUCACCUUUGACAAGAGAGAUGUCGAUAGAGAUAGCAAAGCUCCGUGAAGAUGGCACACUAAAAGCGUUAGAAGAAAAAUGGCUAAAACAACCAUCUUCGCUGAUAUCAGAAGACGUAUCUGCCCCUACACAAAACAGUUUGGAUCUUUAUGGGUUUCGGGGUCUGUUUCUUACAAGUGCAUUGUCGAUGGCGUUGGCCCUUUUAGUAUCCAUGGUCUAUCUUUUGCAUGAAAAAUACUGGCGUGGAAAAAAUAAGAUGGAGAUAUUGAGGAGCGUCUUACGAAGAUCCCAUGUACAAUCACAAGAAAGUGAUACGGAACCAACGAUUUAA